GUGAAAUAUCGUUUCAAAAUUUAAAAAUCACCAGAUCUGGUGAAAUUUCACACUGUUUGCAACACUGCACUUUGACGUAACUAAUGUCUUUUAAAUUGGCGGCAAUUUUGAUUCAAUCAUUUUAAAAAUAAAAAAUUAGAAAGUGUGCAAAACAGAGCAAUAAAAUUCAUGUUAGAUAGAGUAUAAUAAACCAGAAAAUAACCAAACUACGUGUUGAAAAUCUAAAAAUAGCAUCAGUCUUAAUUUAGUGUGCUGUGGGCGAGCGUUUGCAAUUGUUUUGAUAAGUCAAUGACCAAUGAGGGAUAUUGAUCGGGGUUAGUGUUAUACAAUCGGGCGCUCCCUAUCGGUGACGUCCAAAACUGGCAUUCCCCCACCACAAAAUCCGUCGCGGCGCCUGAAAAUCGACGUUGUAGUACUACUAGUAUUCAUUAUCAUGUUAAAUCGAAAAUUUAGUUUCAUCGUUUUUGCAAUUUUCGUAUUUUUUUACUAAAAUAGUGGACAUUUUGGUGGAUUUAUCAAAAAAAAAAAUGUAAAUCACUUCAGUAAAUUUGGAGGUUAAUCCCGAAGAUUCGUCAUCGUUAGCACUUUUUGUGUUUUUAAACAUUUGUUGCUUGCCCUUAAUCCAGUAGUCAUGUCGGUGGUACCUGGGAGUACCCAUGGUGGUGGUGGUGGUGGUGGUGGUGUUAACCCAUCACGACGUCAGAAGCGCAUGGGUCCUGCCCCUUUUGCCUCCUUUGAGGACCUCUCAGACGAGGUGAGAUCCCGUCUGGAGAGUCCUGAAGACAAAAAUCCCGCCGCCGGAUCGGUGGUCAGACUUCCAGGUAUCCGAGAAGACGCGACUCCAAUCGACCACCCGGGCAUAAGCCUCCUGGGGGCCAUGCCCCUCACCAGCCCCCAGAAACUAACCCCCCGAAUUGACAUUUCACGAGCAAGUAGUUCCUCCCAUCACGACAGUCGCGACAGCACCCCCGAACAUGAAGCCCCAAAACUGUCAUUGGGCUUCCGCGAAGAAGGCGCCCUCGAUUUACGUUCAUCAACCGAAGAAUUGGACUUCCACGAUCCCCAAGACACCAAAAAGAAAGAAACACACCAGAGAAAAGACUCCCAAAGUUCCGAAAUUGGGCUAUUGUGCAUUUCGGGACGUACUUCACGAUUGUCAAGCAUUGGAAGCCAAGGCUCGGGUCAAAGUCGAUUGUCAGUUAUUUCGAACCAAUCAGGGCUGUCACGAUCACCCUCACCACAUAAAAUGUUACUAGAAACGAGUUUUUGUGGUACCAAACCACCAGAAAAUAAGGUUUGCCAAAAAGGGACCAAAGUUGAGGCAGAAGUCCUUGAAAAGGUACUACUUGCACGGAAACAAGACCCAACACAGGCGGUACUAGCCGAAGGGAUUGCAGUGGUACCACCACCAAAACCCAAAAGGGUACCAAAAACCGAUAUUACGAUCAAAGUGGACGAACCACAACCCCCACCCCAACCACACAAUCAAAUCCCGAGGAAAUUUGUGGCCAAAAGUGGGGUUGAAUACAUUUACAUCCCCCUUAAAGGCCCUUUACCCCAACCUGAAACCACCAAACCUAAACUCCGGGAGGUUAAAUCAGCCACGAUCCAACCUAACACCAAAGAACCACCACCCAAACCUAAACCUAAAUCCGCCUCCCCCUCCCCACAAUACAUCCGAAUCAAACUCAAACCGGACCACAUGUACGACUCCACUGUGCCUAAACCUGACACUUUGGACCUAAAACCUAAAAUUGAAAGUCCAAAACCUCAAUUGUCCAAAACACCGUCGCCAUCUUUAUCCCGGAAGAGCUCAUUUGCGUCGCUUUUCCGGAGUCCCGAAUCGCCCCCCGGAUGCAAACGAAAAACGGGGAGUGAGAGUUUGAGGGAGCGGUCCAAGGGGGCGCAACAAAAAUCGGUCUUUUCACGUUUCAGGAAAAAAGGCGAGAAGAAUAAAGACGAUUUGAGUACUAGUUCGAGUGAAAUUUUACCAAAUUUUGACACAAUUGCCAAAGUAGAGUUUAAAUUUAAUGAUAAUAGUGUGAAAAAACACGAAUUGGAGAGUGACAGUAUUCGAAUACCGUUACAUUCGCCCACUUAUUACGAAGAUCGAACAAUUGUUGUUGUUGUUGAUGAAAAAACAACAAAAACUUCUCAAGAAACUGCUAUUGAAGUUAAUAGAAUUGAAAGCAAUACAAUAAACAACAGUUCGGAACCAAAAAGACAAAGUAGUACAAGUAGUGAAAAUGUUGUGUUUUCAACGAAUUUAGGAAACAACAAUGAAAUCUUCUCCACGAAAUUGCCCAAAGAGCCGGAUUUGAGUUCAGCACCAGAAGAUGUCUCUUCGGAAUCGGAACGCGACUCGGAAGCCGAAGUCCCGAAGAAAAAGGACUUGGAUUUGAAACUAGAUCUUGAGUUCGUCGAACCAGAACGGAAGGAACUAGUUCUGCAAGACUCGUACGACGACGAGCUGCCCUACGUCCCCACAACCCUUCCUCAGGAACGCUCCGCCGCUCUCCCCAUCGUCCCCAUCAAACAACGUUCGACUUUCGAAAUGAAAACGUGCCCCAUUGAACGCCCCCGUUCCACCACCCCCAUCAACCCCAGCUGUCUCGAAGAGUACUGCGAAGACGUCAUCACAAACAUCACCACCAUUGAAAAACUGAAAAUCUCGCUUCCGAGACACGAAUCCGUUGAAAAAACUGUGAAAUCACCCAGAAAACCCAGCAAUACCCCCACCACCACGAACUGGUUCGAGUUCGCCGAAAAGGGGAUUCACACAGGUCGACGAUCGUCGCUGACUCAAGACGAAACACCGCCGCCGUUGCCCCCGAAAGGGGUGCAAAAAGAAUGGAUCAAUUUUGAGGAAAUCCCCGAACGAAGAAAAGCGCCAAAACGGAUUCAAACACUACCGUCAAGGGGGCACAUUGAAGUGGCCGAAAAUGUCGACAAUGUUGUCUAUAAUUAUGUCAAUCCGGAAGAGUGCAAAUGUGAGUGUCAUGAAAUGAGGGCGAAAAAGGGGGGCUGUGGAGGGGUGCAAGAGGACGAACUCCCGUUGCUUGAUGAUGAAGAUGGGGGCGACAGGCUUAAAUUGGACGUGGCCAUCGCUGAUCGGAGAAGCAUAGUCAGCGAUUCUUCGGUGGAUUUGAGUGCAACAGUUGAGCCCCCGGAAGCGAAUGGUAGUGUCAAAUUGCGAACUCCGUUUACUAGUGACUUAGGAGUGUCGAGUAACAGAUCCAGUAUUGUAUCCCAGGAUGAACCAGAAUCACCUGAUUCCGGAUCGCCAAAUGCCUUUCCCAAAUCUUUGCUUUAAUUUAAAAAAACCACCAACAAGUGUGACCUUUGAUUAAAAUUUUGGUGUUUAGAGAUAAAAAAAAUCAAAGAUGGCGCCCGAUCCUUCACAAUAAAAGCCUUUGUAUGUGUGUACGUAGGCCUAUCUCUUGUCCAAAACUGUUAUUGUAAUUCUUGUUACCUUGGACACAAGUUAUUUGUUAAUUAUUCAUUUUUCCGAUUAAAUUAUAUCAUGUUGAAGUCAGUAACAAGAUUUUGCUUGUUUAUAAAGAACGUUGAUUAUUAUAAGUCACGAAAUAUUGUACAGUUAAUUCAGUAAUAAAAUAUAAGUGUUACAUUUUUUUCUCA